AUGCUGGACUCCGCCCGGAAGGUGGUGCACGGCUUUCUGAACAGACCCGGAAUCCAGCAGAUGCGUGAGUUGGAUCAGAACUUCUAUGUCGUACUGACUAUACAGAGCUUCAAGAGGGGGCUGCCGCUGCUCCCUGUGCGAUCCGCCAACGGUGAAGAUGUGACGAGAAUCGACGCUGGGCACAGCAUGGGCCUCACCAGCUGGAUCCGCUACGACCCAGCAAUGCUUGGUAGCCAGUCCUUCUACCUCUCUGAGUACCUCACACUGUUCGCAGAAAGCAUCGGCCAAAGCUUGAAGGCCUACCAGACCUUGGACGGACAGGAGCUGCUCUAUUUUCAGUGCGCCGUCCGCUACAAGGACUGGUCUCGGGUUCGGGAGCACGUUCGCAAUGCCUACCUGCUGCAGAAGACGGCCUACCGCCGUGCAAAUGGCGGAGCUCAAGCCCCAGGAUUGGUGGAGGCCACUGCGCCGAAGUUUUGCCAGGAGGACGUGCUCUCGGCCCUGGCAGACCGCAUCCGGGCCACUGAGGAGGCGCAGCGCCAGCAGAAAAUCCAGGUGCGCAACACCUUCAUAGAGCAGAGCGAGGACAGUGGCACCGAUGACGAGGACGAUGAUCAGCUUGCCCGCCGGAACGGGUGCCGCCACAGGACGGCGAUGCAUCUCCGCAUGAGCCGCUGCGUCCGCGCAUGA